CAUGGACCGGCCCGACCAUCUGGACGUCUACCGUUUAAUGAUGUUUCUGUUCAACGUUCUGUGCUAAACUCCUGUUAGAUCUGCAGCUAUCACUCAUCUGCCUGCCCAAACUGGAGAAGAUACAUAGGAAGUGCAGUUCAACAUGGCGCUAGCUGCAGCCCUCAGCACUUUACUUCUGAUCCUGCAAUUGAUCCCAAGCCUCAUGGUUUCCAAACUAUCUGACUUUAAAGUAUGUGGAGAUCCUGAAUGCGAAAGAUACCUGAGUAGAGUAACAGCUACAUUGGAUUACACAGGUCGUGACUGUAGAUUCCUUACUUUUAAGCACGGAGACUCCAUAUUUGUUUAUCUUAAACUGACUGGGAAAAGAGCUGAUUUAUGGGCUGGAAGUAUAGAGAAGCAAUUUGGGUAUUUUCCAAAGGAUGCAGUUAGAGUUGAGGAAGUCAUAACAUCAACUGAAAUAGAACUACCAACCAAGGAAAGUGAUUUCCUUUGCCUUAAUGAAGAAGAUUAUCACAUCGAUAAUGAAGAAAAUGAUUCAGUGAUUAGUGAAUAUGGAGAAAACUCAUUUUCAAUGCCAGAAGAAAGAAAAGCCACAUUAGGACACGAAACUAAGCCUAAUAAAAACAACCAGGUUUACGAAGAUGUUUUCAGUUCAGGUAACACUUCAAACACUAGAGUUACAAGCAAAGAGCAAAUUUCAGAAGUUUUUGAAAAAUCUGUUCAAAUGAACAAGCAUGUGCAGGAGCAGAAGGGGACCAAGGACAUUACCUCGGACAUAACGGAGAGACAAGUGCGGGAAACACUGACCGGGAACCUGUCAGACAAAAUAACUGAUUCAGAGAAAACAACUGUCGAGGCUGUAGUGGAAAGUAAAUUAGGAAAUCAAUUACAGAAGAAAUCACAGGAUAUAAGAACUAAGGAAAGUAGUUACUACCAGACCGAAGAGAAAACAAUAUCUGCACAUUUAAGUGAGGUUAAAAAGCCAACAGUAACUGAUGAUCCAAGAGUUGGAACACCAACUGACAAUGACAUUGAAUAUGAAAUGAGUGUUGAGGAAACAGCUGGCUAUAAACUAGGCAGUGUCUUUGACCUCGAUGUACAAAACUUCAUGAUAGUAGUUGAUCAUUUCAUCCAAAAUUCCUAUCAGACAGUGAUGGAUACAUUAUCUGAAGAUCUGGGAGCUUCAGCAAACCUCCAUGGUCCUUGCACUGAGCUGUUCCUGAUUUCAAUUCUGUUGGGGAUUAUCACCACAUUGCUUUUCAUCUACAGGACUUGCCAGGCAGUGAAAAGCAGAAGGUACAUGGGGAGAGAGAAACAACUUGCAGAAACAGUUUCUCAACUGUUUGAUGAGAAAUGCAAAGCUCUUGAAACACUGAGUAGUUGUAAACAAAAGUACAAUGAAUUUGAAGCCUCUGUCAAGGAUGCUGCUGGCUUAAAACAAUCAACAGAAACAAAGACUUUGCAUCUUCAGGAAACUUAUGCCAAAUUGGAUAAGUCAAAUGACACUCUUAGACAAACGAUUGAUCAGUUCACACAGGAUUUAGAGGGAGAAAAACAAACAAGAUCUCAACAAAGUGAUCUGAUAACAGAAAUUCAAGCAAAUUUAAGUGCACUGGAAAAUGAAGCUCAAAAUCUUAAGAUCCAAGUAGAAGAGGCUAAAAAGAAAUUAAAAGAAAUUCAGACGAAUCAAGCAAAACACCAGGAAUCUUUUCAAGCUGCAAAAGAAGAGAAUUAUCAUCUCAAACAAAGCAAAGAACAACUGUUCCAAGAAUCUGAAGGGUGGAACGAACGUUACAAUGAGCUUACUGAACAUAUUAAAUUAGGUACAAAAUCACAGAAGGAUAUAAGGGAAGUUCUUGCAUGUAAAGAGAAUGAAGUGAAGUCUCUGACAGAUUGCCUUCUAAAAAUGAAAUUGUGGAAUCUAGCUGAAGAGGAUAAUCCUGCAGAAGAAAUAUCAGAAGAACGACAGAAGCAAAAAAUUGAAAAAUUGAUCUAUGUUGCUAAGCUAAAUGCCAACUUAAAGUCGGUGGAAGAAGAAAGAAAUCAGAUUCACAGCAAGUUGUCGGAUGAAAUCAAAGCAAGGCAAGAGCUGAUGGAGCGCAUUGAAAAACUUCAGCUGGAGCACACUUCAGUGCAGUGUGUGAAAACUCAGUUUGAAACUGAAUAUAAAACCAUUCAGCAGAAGUUAAAGAUCAUGACAGAAAUGUACCAUGAGAAGGAAAUGGAGCUUCAAAGAAAUCUAACUCUGGAAGAGCAUCAGCGUUUGCGGAAAGAAGAGAAACUUUCUGAAGUUGGUGAAAAGAUUAAUCAAGCUACUGAAGAGCUCACUAUUUACAGGCAACGUGCUAAAGAUCUUGAAGAAGAAUUAAUUAAAACUAUGCAGUCAUAUAAAAAUCAAAUUGUAUCCCAUGAGAAAAAAGCACAUGAUAAUUGGCUGUCAGCUCGUGAAGCUGAACGAGAACUUGGCAAUAUUAAAAGAGAGAAUGUUCACCUUCGGCAAAAAAUAACUGAAGCAGAAUUCAAAAUAGAUAUUGCUUUGAAGGAUCCACUUGUAAUUGAGGUAUCUGGAAGGCCAGCAUUAAGUGCUUCAACAUUUGGCCCACCAUACAGAGGACGAAGUUCUCCAUAUGGCCCUUCUCCAGUGGGUCGGCCUGGCUCUGAACCUGUGGGUUUUCUGUCACCUCCAUUACUAGAUGGGCCCUUAAGGUUUUCGCCUUUGUUUCCUGGGAAAGCAGACUCUAAAACGAGAGGUCCAUCAGUCCAGCUGGAUCACACUACUAAUGAAAAUACAGAUUCGGUUUCUGACCGAAUGUCUGAUCAGCAUGGUCCACAGUCGGAUAGUGGUUCACUGUCCCCUGUGUGGGAAAGAGAUCGUAAGCUGUAUAGAACAUCACCAGCUUUGAUUUGUGUAGAUGGACACCCCAAACUGGAAAAUAGCAUGCAAACAUCAAGUUCUGCUUCAGAGAGUCAGGCCCAAGAUCGUGACUCAAAUGUAUCUCUAAACCAGUCUCUUCCUGUGGAAGCUGAACUUGGAAUUAGACCUGGUUUUGCACCUGCCUAUUCCAAUCAAGUUCCCUCCUUACCUGUUGAUCUAAGAGGUCAUGUUCCACUCAGGGGACUUCCACUACCUCCACGUGGUGGAAUCUAUGGUCCUCCAGAACGUUUCCCGCUAAGAGCUUUUAGUUUGCCACCUCAUCCUUCCGUGGGAAUAAGAGAUCAAUUACGACCACCAGGACCAUAUCUGAGUAAUUUCCCACCUGCUCGGCCUAAUUUCCUACCACAUAGACCACUUUCAGACAUUGCUGGUGGCCUUCUUCCUUCACGGCUUCCUCUACCCAAGUUUCCCCCAACUGAACAUCCGUCAUCUUCACAAGAUAAAUGAAUGGCUGAUGGAAAUGAAUCAAUGGCUCUGUGACUUAUCAAAAAGUGCAUUGGGAUGUAAAGUGCAGGUUACAAUAUUGCAUUAUUUUUAUUGGUGUUUGCUAUAAUUGGUGAAACAUUUACUAUUGGUGGCAACCUUACACUUUGAAUAAAGGCACAUGUUUUCCAAUGAAGUGCUGUUUGAUUAGAAUUGUACACCUCAGGAGUCUUACAUAGAAUUUAUUAGACUCUUAAUUGUGCAAUACUGAGGGUAGCUUGCCAAUGUACAGCAGGGUUUUGCCAUGCACUAUUUUAGUUAAGACCAUUGUGGUUUUUAUCCAGUCCAUUUUAUGUAUGGAAUUUCUAACUCCUUAAAUGGCAAAACAAUAUUUGAACUAUUGGAAUUUUAA